AGAAACUGACAGAAACAUGUGAUUUAGUACGCCUGUUGGACAAAACAACGAGUAACCUUCGCACCUGGUUGGCCCAGAUCGAGUUUGAGCUUUCCAAGCCUGUCAUUUAUGACAUCUGUGAUGACCAAGAAAUCCAGAAGAGACUGGCAGAACAGCAGGAUCUGCAACGAGACAUAGAGCAACACACUGCAGGAGUGGAAUCCGUGUUUAAUAUUUGUGAAGUCCUGCUGCAUGAUUCAGAUGCAUGUGCUAACGAGACGCAGUGUGACUCCAUCCAGCAGACUAGCAGGAGUUUGGACAGACGGUGGAGAAACAUUUGUGCCAUGUCUAUGGAAAGGCGGAUUAAAAUCGAGGAAACCUCGCGCCUAUGGCAAAAGUUUUCGGAGGACUAUUCUUGCUUUGAAGAUUGGCUGAAAACAUCUGAAAUUGUAGCAGCUAAGCCUAAUUCUUCAGAGGUUUUGUACAUACAUGCAAAGGAGGAGCUGAAGAAAUUUGAGGCAUUCCAGCGGCAAAUUCAUGAACGACUCACUCAAUUGGAGCUGAUCAAUAAGCAGUACAGGCGCCUUGCCCGCGAGAACCGCACGGACUCAGCCAGCAAAUUGAAGCAGAUGGUAUAUGAAGGCAACCAGCGCUGGGAUAAUCUCCAGAAACGAGUUGUUGCCAUUCUGAGGAGGCUCAAGCACUUCACCAAUCGGAGAGAGGAGUUUGAGGGCAUGAGGGAAGGCAUCCUUGUUUGGCUCACAGAAAUGGACCUCCAGCUGACAAACGUGGAGCACUUCUCAAAAAGUAACUUCGGUGACAAAAUGCGCCAGUUAAAUGGUUUCCAGCAGGAAAUAACACUAAACACCAACAAGAUUGAUCAGCUAAUAGUUUUUGGGGAGCAGUUGAUUCAGAAGAGUGAGCCUUUGGAUGCUACCCUGAUCGAAGACGAAUUGGAAGAACUUCAUAGAUACUGCCAGGAAGUGUUUGGGCGAGUUGCCCGAUUUCAUCAAAGACUGACUUCAAAGCAUCCUGAAUUGGAUGAUGAAAACGAAACCUCUGAAAAUGAGACAGAUCCAGAAGACUCCAGAGAAAUCCAGCAUGAUCCCUGGCAUAAGAAGGCUAUCAGUGAGGGGCCCUCACAGUCCCUUUGCCACCUUAUGCCCCCUACCCAAGGUCAUGAAAGAUCAGGCCGUGAAACCCCUGUCAGUGUUGACUCCAUCCCACUCGAGUGGGAUCACACAGGGGAUGUGGGAGGUUCUUCCUCUCAUGAAGACGAAGAAGAAGCAACAUACUACAGUUCUCUGUCAGAUGUAGAAAUCACUGAAAAUCCUGAGGCAUAUCUUAAAAUGACCACAAAAACUUUGAAAGCAUCUUCUGAAAAGUCUCUUUCAGAAGCUCAUCCUUGGCAUUCUCCAGGUAGCCCAGUCUGCAGGAAACACCCAUACAACCAGGCAGAGAUGGUUGGAAAUGUGUUGUCUGAUCCAGAGGCAAGUACUCCCUAUAAGCCAGACUAUGGCUCACUCACCAAAAUGUCAUUCCAGGUGAAGAAGCUCAGCUCUGCAAGCAGCAACAGCAGCAACAAGGAGAAAAUUACCUCUCCUGAAAUGAGCAGUGGAGAACCCCAAGCUGACAACGAGCUUGUGAAUAAAGCAGCUGCAGAGCAGCAGUCGGGCAUUAUUGGUGGGUGGGAGCUCCUCCACGCUCAAGACCUCAGAAGUAAACUUAGGAUGAAAGAAAAAGCGCAGCUGUGGCAGCAGCUGAACUCAGAUCUCAGUGAUGUCUCUGCUUGGCUUGAUAAAACUGAGACAGAGCUGGAAGAGCUGCAAAAAGCAAAACCUCCAACCAGCAUGCAGGAGUUGAAACAAAAGGUCAAGAAAUUGAAAGACAUGCUUAAAGCAUUUGAUAACUACAAGACGGUGGUGCUUUCUGUUAACCUGAAGAGCAAAGAAUUCCGGAAAGCGGAUAGCACAGAGUUCAAAGAGCUUCAGAACAGGCUUCGGAAGGUGAACUUGCGUUUGGAGAAAGAAACUCAUGCAUUAAACAACUGGAGGAAAGGUUUACAGCAAGCCCUGCUGCAUUCUCAGACAAAGCCAGGUGAAAGCACUGCAAAAGUGGUUUUUCUCUUAUGUGCAACUCUUUUGUUUCUCUAGGACUUCCAUGAUCAGAGCCAAAAACUAAUCCUGUGGUUAGCAAGUGCUGAUAGCCGAAGGAAUAAAGCGCAAAUCACAAAUCCAAAUGCUGACCUCAGUACGAUACUGGAAUGCCAAAAGGAUCUAAAGCAACUGGAGAAAGAGGUGCUGGAAAAGCAGCUCGAUAUAAACUCACUUCAAGAACUCACUGCUUACCUGCUGCUUAAAUCAGAUGGUGGUCACAUUGAAGCUGAUGAGAAGGUCCAUGCAAUUGGAUGGAAAUUGAAACAGCUUAUUGAACAAGUUUCACAUGACUUAAAAACAGUACAAAGAAAUCUGGUUGUGCAUAGUAAAUCAUUUCUUUAUGCUGGAGAACCAGAGCAUCUGUUUACCACUAGAGGCGAACGCCAUCCACAACCUAUUGAAGCGAUUCCUGCAUCUCCCUCCUUCAUUUACCGGGUAUUACGAGCGUCUUUACUUUUUAUAUUGCUCCAGCUACUGCUUUUACUUCUGGCUUGCACGAUUGGAUCUCCGGAGGAACACUACAGCUGCACCAGGGCAAACAAUUUCGCCCGUUCUUUCUAUCCCAUGCUGCAAUACCCCAAUGGGCCUCCACCAACUUAG